GUCUGGGCUCCGCACAAAAGUCUUCUUCAAUUUCGAUCAUUCCUCGCGACCGACGACCACUCACCACCCAGCUCGACAACACCCUUCAAUCUGCAGUGUGUCGGACUGAAUAUAUCGCAAACAUGGCGACCGAGUUGACCGUCCAGUCUGAGCGCGCUUUCCAGAAGCAGCCUCACAUUUUCGCCAACACCAAGACCAAGGCUAAGAGCAAGAGAGUUGGAAAGGGUGGCCGAAGAUGGUACAAGGACGUUGGUCUUGGAUUCCGUACCCCCAAGAACGCCAUUGAGGGUACCUACAUUGACAAGAAGUGCCCCUUCACUGGUCUCGUCUCCAUCCGUGGUCGUAUCUUGACCGGCACCGUUGUGUCCACCAAGAUGCACCGUACUCUCAUCAUCCGCCGUGAAUACCUCCACUACGUCCCCAAGUACGACCGUUACGAGAAGCGCCACAAGAACCUGGCCGCUCACGUUUCCCCCGCUUUCCGUGUUGAAGAAGGUGACCAGGUCACCGUUGGCCAGUGCCGUCCUCUCAGCAAGACUGUCCGAUUCAACGUCCUCCGUGUGCUUCCCCGCACUGGCAAGGCUGUUAAGUCUUUCAGCAAGUUCUAAAAAUUUUUUCAUUCCAAACAAUUGCGGUGUAAUGAAUUUUUUGUGGGAAUCUUUUUUUACGACCAUCAAUGUUAAGGAAACAAUGGGGGAAAAAAAGAAGGGAACAUCGAAAAGAGAAUCAAAGGAAAGGCUGGAAAUGCGGGGGAAGUUUGAAAUGAUAUCUCGCUUCUUCAUCGCAUAGCUUGGUUACGAAAACAAAAUAGAAUUCCCAUUUUCGUCAUUGUAUGAAUGGACACAGGCGAGCCUUAUUGUGUGUUUUUCUCUUUCCCCGAGGAGAUAUGUUCUCCAGCCUGCGAUUGAUCAUCUGGUUGGUAUGGAGUAAAUAACCUCUUAUCUAUGCAUUAAACAGUGAAUUAAACGUUCGUUGUUCAU